AAAGUUCUCGCGACGCUCUCCGUCGCGCUGUGCGCGCUGUGCGCGCUGUGCGCGGGCGCACACGGCGCCGUCAUGGGCAUCGAUCUCGGCGGUGAGUUUCUCAAAGCUUCGCUCGUCGCUCCCGGCCGAACGCCGAUCGCCAUCACCCUGAACGAGGUUUCGAAGCGUAAAACGACCGCCGCGGUGUCGUUUUUCAACGAUGAACGCGCGAUCGGGGAGCCGGCGAACGAUUUGAUGCCGCGAUCGCCUACGGAUGUGGCGACGCGAGCGAGAGACGCUCUCGGCGCGCGCGCGAGCGAUGAACGCGUGCGCGCGGUGAAGACGAAUUCGAAGCUGGCGUAUGAAAUUGAAGGAGAUGGUGCGAGAGAUGGUGCGGUGAGAGCCGUGCUGGGGAAGAAGAGCUACGCGGCGGAGGAGUUGGUGGGGAUGACGCUGGAGUACGCGAUGGCGAUCGGGGAGGCGGCGGGACGAGGGAAGAUUCGUGACGCGGUGAUCGCGGUGCCGCCGUUUGCGUCGCAAUCGCAGCGAAGGGCGUUGCGGGAUGCGGCGGAGAUCGCUGGGUUGAACGUGCUGGCGAUGAAGAGCGAUUUGUCGUGCGCGGCGCUGCAGUGGGGAAUCGACAAGGAGUUUCCAGAGCCAAAGUGGGUCAUUUUGGUGGACGUCGGACACACGUCCGCGGGUGCCGCGCUCGUGAAAUACAGCUCGUUCUCCAGUGGUAAGGUGAAGAAACAGCACGGGCAAUUCGAGAUGGUGUCGGUGAAGUGGGACGAAACCGUGGGCGGCGACGCGCUCGACAUGCUCCUCGUCGAGCACUUUCAAGAAGAGUUCAAACAAAAGCACGGUACGGAUUUAUCCACGAUUCCGCGCGCUGUCGGUAAGAUGCGUAAGCAAGUUCGCAAGACGAAGGAAAUCCUGUCUGCGAACAAAGAAGCGCCGUUUAGUGUGGAAUCAUUGCACGACGAAAUUGACUUGCGAUCGAAAAUCACUCGCGACGAAUUCACUACGCUCGCCGGGGAUAUUUUCGAACGCAUGACUGGUCCGUUGCGAGCAAUCGUGGCCUCGCUCGGCGACUUCAACAUCACGCUCGAUGAAAUCGAGGCUAUCGAAGUCAUCGGCGGGAGCACGCGCGUGCCCGGAGUGAAGGAGGAGAUUGGAAAAGCCAUCAAUGGUCGCAAGUUUGACGUGCACCUCGACGCGGACGAAGCCGUGGCCAUGGGCGCAGGUCUUUUCGCCGCCAACAUGUCCACAACGUUCCGCAUGCGAAAGUUUGGCGCCGCGGACGCGAUGCCACAUGGAAUGACGUAUGAAGUUACACCGAGCGACGAUUUUACGUCGGGUGAAGCGGCCACGCUCGUUCCGGCGUUUGCGAAUUCGCCGCUUCGCCAGCGAGUGCAACUGCUCAAUCGCACCGAGGACGCUAAGUUCACCGUGAACCUUGAUGUGUCGAACGGCUCACCGUUACCUCCGGGCACAGACACCGACCAAGUCAUGGUCGUCGAUGUCACCGGGGUGAAGGAGGCGAUGGCAAAGUACAACGACACUGUGGGCAAGAUGAACGUGUACUUUGAGUUUGAUGCCAAUGGCGUGUUGGAUGUCUACGAGGCGGUGUACGCGGUUGAGAUCAUCGACUACGUUCCGGAAAAACCCAAAAAGAAGCCGAAAGUGGAAAAGACAAAGGUCGAUAACAACGCAACAGAAGCCACCAACGUCACGGAUGACGAAUCGUCGGCGACUGAAAACGCAACCGAAGCAGAGAUGAACGCAACGGCUGCGGAAGACGUCACGGAAGCCACUGAAAACACCACCGCAGAAGAAGUCGUGGAAGAAGAGGAGAAUCCCAAAAUGAAAAUGCGCCGCCGCGUGAUGAAGACUUCGCUUGAAGUUAAAGUUUCGGGCUUGCACAUGGAACCGAUGACGCAAGCGCAACUUGAAGCUUCCGUGUCUGUGCUCGGUGAGUUGCGUAAGGUUGACGAAGCUAAGCGCGCGCAAGAAGCGGCUAAGAGUAACCUCGAGGCGUACAUUUACGCCAUCCGUGCCAAGCUCGACGAGGAUGAAAUUCAAGUCGUGACGACAGAGGAGGAACGCGAAGCUUUGAAGGAGGAACUUACAGACAAAGAGGAUUGGCUGUAUAUGGACGGUGCAGAUUCCACCACAGAAGUGUUCAAGCAAACUCAUGACGACCUCAAGUCUAAGGGCGACGCCAUUGAGUUCCGCGCUAAGGAAAUGACGCGACGACCUGCGAUGAUUGCGAAGGCGAGAGCGUUUAUCGAAAAGGCCAAGCCCGAAGUAGAGUCUUGGCCGGAAAAGAAACCGUGGUUGAACGAAACGCACGUCGCGAACUUACUUGAAGAGAUCAAGCAAUUCGAAUCGUGGCUCGACGAGAAGAUUGAGGCACAAGACAAGUUGGCGGCGACUGAAGCGCCAACGCUCGAGUCAACCGAGAUAAAAAUCAGCCAACGACCCAUUGAGACCAAGUUCGGCAAGUUGAAGAAAAAGUCCAAGCCGAAACCUCCAAAGGUUGAGAAGAACGAGACAGAAGCGAAUGAAACGGAUGCGAACGAAACGAUCGCGAACGCAACGGAUGCAGACGCGCCUACAGACGAGCCGCCGGCGGAGGACGUCGCCGGAGGAACCGAUGCGGAUCAGUCCGCGGAAGAAGAGCAGGUUCAGCGCGAGACAGAGGACGAGCAAACUCCCGAUCAAACGCCUCCCAAAGAUGAACUUUAACGAUGAAA